GCUCUUCAAUGACACCUUCAUCGCUCAUUUGGAACAGCAGAAAUUUGAUGCAGUUUUGACGGACCCGGUUAUCCCAUCAGUUCUUGAAAGAAGAGGUGAGCGUGGGAGAAGUGCUGUCAGAUUCAGACAUCUGGCUCCUCAGGAUAGAUUUUACUCUGGAGUUUCCUCGGCCUCUCAUGCCAAAUAUGAUUCUGGUUGGUGGGAUCAACUGUGAUCUGAGAAAACCCCUUCCAAAAGAUCUGGAGCAGUGGGUGUCAGGAAAGCAUGGAUUUAUCGUCUUCACUCUGGGCUCCAUGAUUGCAGACAUGCCUGAAGAGAUCACCUCAGUCUUUUUAGAGGCCUUCAGACAGAUCCCACAGAUGGUUAUAUGGAGGUACACUGGGAAGGUUCCUGACAACGUUCCAAAAAAUGUGAAGCUGAUGAAAUGGGUUCCUCAGAACGACCUCCUGGCACAUCCUGGAGCUCGAGCGUUCAUCACUCACGCUGGUUCUCAUGGUACCUUUGAGGGUUUGUGUCACGGAGUCCCCAUGUUGAUGGUUCCGCUUGCGGGCGACCAGCCGGAUAAUGCAGCAAAGAUGGUAAAAAGAGGAGUGGGAGUUGAGCUGGACAUCACCACCAUGACCACAGAAAGCCUCCUUCGGGGGCUGAACGAGGUCAUCAAUGAUGCCAGGUACAGGGAGAACAUCCAGAGGCUGUCGGCUCUACAUAAAGAUCGUCCCGUCGAUCCACUUGAACUUUCGGUUUUCUGGACUGAGUUUGUUAUGAGACACAAAGGAGCGAAGCACCUGAAAGCUGCUGUGCACGAGCUCAACUGGAUCCAGUACUGCCUGGACGUCCUAGCACUGCUAGCUGCUGUAGUGCUGCUGUUUGUCAUCCUGACAGUGAAAUGUAUGAAGCUGUGCUUACAGAAGCUGGGGAGGAAGAGGAAACAGGACUAGGACUAGAUAACUUUUUAAGGAGUAAAUGACUGAGAGAAUAAUGAUAGCAUAAAAUACAAAGUCCUGAAAUAUGUAAAGUACUCAGUAUUCAAUGAGUUAAGACUUUUUGCGGAUAAGUAAAAAUACCCAAAUUUGUGGUUCCUAAAAGUUUAUGUUUGCUGUGGAAUUUUUAAAUGAAUUCUUCCUGGAAAUAAAAAAGCUAAACAUUAUUUUCUGUGAAAUGAAUCUUAAAAGUAUUUAUUCAUGAGUGAAAUCAGAUCAGCCUCAGCACAAACUUAAAGCAAAGGUUUAAAAUCUCAAUCUGAAUAGAAAUCUUAAAAAAAAAUAAAGAUAAACACUGUAGAACUGACUAUUUUUUUUUCUUUCUCCCACAAGAACGUUCAUUAGAGGUCAUUUGAUGACCAAAUUGCCCCUUAUGUGCAACUGUGAUGGGUUGUCUAUCUUCUGUGGUCAUUUGACAGACCGGUAAACUGGUCAAUUAUGAGCCCAAUUUAAAGGACAGAAAUAAAAAGCUACAAGUAAGAAGGUCUUUGAGUUCUGAGGUUUUGCUCAUUUUUCAAAACUCAGGAGAAAAUCCAGAAAAACUACAUUUUUUAUAGGAUAUUGUGUUACAAACAUCUUUUCCUAAUUUGACCCCAUAAUUUAAAAAGUUUAAGUUCAUAUUUUUUUUCAUACGUUGCUUCAUUAAUUUUGUCACAAUAUCCUAGAAAUGUUUAGUCCAAGCUUAAGCUGAUGGACACAGUGGAAUAGUUCUGUAGGUGGAGACAAAAAGUCUCAAGAACUCAAAAGUCAAAGUUUAAUUUUGUGUCUUUCGUGCACAACAACCCCCCUAGUUAACAGUUCUUAAAAUUACAAGAAAAAAAGAAACAAAAA